UUCAGUUUUAUCUGUUUCAGUGUACUAUGCGCUUGUGGAUUUUAAAAGUUUAGAGUGAAUUAGAAAUCAAUGCACUAUUUUAAUUUAAAGGACCGGAUGAAUUGGGAGGCCAUACGAGCGCAUUUGUGCACUUUGGCAGUGGCAGUCAGUUUUAACAGUACGUGGAGGGUUCCUCGCGAGGCGUACCGAUAUGGCGGGGCCUCAUACUUGAUGGCGUUGAGCGUUGCCAUGGUGAUAUGUGCUCUACCGGCUACCCUGAUGCAGCUGGCCAUAGGACAACUUAGUCAACAAGACGCCGUUGGCGUUUGGAGAGCAGUACCUUUUUUCAAAGGUCUUGGCUACAUUAGAUUACUAAUUUCAUACAUUGCAAGUAUAUAUUCAAUAAUAUAUGUAGCUUUUUCGAUACUGAUAUAUCUACUCUUUACUGUAAAUAGAACUAUUCCUGCAUGGGAAUGCACGGAGCCUAUUGCAACAUCAGAAGAAGAAAAAUAUGAAUCGACUGAAAUAACAUGUUUAAAUUCUACUUUUUUGGCGCCGCUUAUAGAACAACCUGAAUCUUACUUGGCUUUGUCUAUGUUGACAAUAGUUUUAUGGAUACUUUUGCCUUUUAUAUUUUAUAACCCUGUAAAACUGAUGAAAAGGAUUUUAUAUGCCUUAGGACCAUUAGUAUUGAUACUUAUGGUUGUGAUUGCUAGUUGUAUUGGGAGUAGCAGCAAUUUAGCAACGUUUCAAAGACAACAUGACUGGUUCCAUUAUUCGGAGUCGAAAAUAUGGCACAGCGCCAUCAUUCAAGCACUUUUGUCAUCGCAAACGGCGGGCGGCUUCCUAAUAACGUCCGGCUCAGCAAUAUAUUCUAAUGCCGACGUUGAGCGAACGACUUGGGUACUUUUCAUCGCGAAUGUGGCAUGUAGCUGGUUCGGCGCAGUGUUCUGGUUCAGCAUAGCGGGCGGCGAGGACCGCGACGAGACGGCCCUGGCUGUGCUCGUGCAGAUGUACCGAGCUGCGGAGGAUCACAGUCUGGACAUCAUAUGGCCGAUACUUGUGUACGCCUUGUUAUUCUUCUCAGGAACCAUUUCUAUGCUAGUCCAACUGUUUCCACUGUACGACAACUUCCGGCGGGUUGGUGGACAAGGGUGGCGACUGAUAUCGUUCACGCUCUCGUUCUUCGGUGCGGCGGCAGCGCUGGGGGUGUUGGUAGGAGGACUGCCCGCUUUGUCAAUGCUAGAAGACACGGCGGUUCCGCUUCUCAUCUCUAUAGCGACUGUAUUAGAAAUUCUGGCUUUCAUAUUCAUUUACGGCUGGAAGCCAUUGGUGGAGGACGUGGAAUUUUUAACAGGGCGGGCAUUAGCGAAACCCUGGGUGGUUGGCUGGUUCGCCGCGCCCACUGCCGUGCUGCCGGUCACAGUGUGGUGGCUGGUAUCCAUAUUCCUCGACGACCAACAAUGGACACAGGCCCCAUGGCAAGCAAUUACUGUUCUGACUACAGCAUCACUCGCCGCUACAGCAUUCUUCGCGUUAGCUGCAGCGUCUGUUGCUAAACAAGUUCAAUUCGAUUUCUUAGGGAAGCUGAAGUCCUCCUUCAAACCCUCAAGGCACUGGGGUCCCCGUGAUCCAAUAACAUAUUAUUACUGGACAGCUCGACGCCAACAGAGCCAAACGGGCGCAAGAGAUAGCUUCACGCCCACCUACACCAGGCGACAGUUGGGACAACUCUCGGGAGGAGCCAGCAUUUUCGACAUCAGCAUUACUCAGCCAAAGAAGACUCCCGAGGAAAGCAAUUAGCUAAACCUGUAAGAUAAUGUAUAUAGGAACGUAACUGAAAAGGUAACUCACUGGUGAGCAGUGAGUACGUGACUGAAGCUUGUUCAGUGACCUUCCUUUAGUAAGUAGAUGAGUCCGCUUCGUUUGCGACGGCCGUCCUUUCUGGGUGUGAUGAG